AUGCUAGGAAACAAAAUCAAGCAAAGGUCGGUUGAACACGAGUUUCUAUUUAAGAACGGCUCACCAGAGCCUGGAGGUGCAGAGAAGGUGGUGGUAGCGUUCGAUGUCGCUGCAGCUGAGAAUGCGGCUGUAGUGACGCUUAAAAACGACCACGUAGCUCGCGCUUGGCGCGACGAUGAGGUAAUAAAGCUUGCGGGGAGUCUGCAAGCAAUAUUGUGCCCUCGACGGGAUCUUUGGGACCAAAGUGAUUUUACAAACGUUUACACGCGUUAUGGCCACAGCGAACGGAUAAAGUGUGUGGCGCCUAGACAAGAUUCAAUUGCACUACGAGAACAGUCUGUUAAGGACCUGUCUCAGCCGGUUGUAUAA